AUGCCAGAAUCCAAGUGCAUUGUAAGAUUAAAUCCCGACGCUGUACCUAGUAUUCAAACUGGUAUAAGCAAUUCAAAAAAAUCUGUAAAUCCCAGGAAAGAAUCACUGCAUAUUAUGAAAAAACGCCAAAUAGAAAUAAUUGAUGAUUUAAUAAAAACUAGUACACCGAAGAAAAAAAUGGUAACAAAGUCGUCGUUUUUUGAAGAAAUUGACGAUGUUUCAACUAUUGAGGAGCCAGAUGUCAAUAAUAAAAUUCAAAAAACAAGUGAAAUAGGAAUACAUUGUGAAUUGGGAAACGAAAAUUUGAUCAGAAUAAUUAAUUAUGAAAAAAAAAAAUGA